CGAGGAGCUUUGAUGAUGGACUAUGGGGAUAAGCAAGUAGGAGACUCACGGAGGAAGAGGAAAUGAUUAAAACUUGAAACCAUAAUGGCAAUCUCUUUAUACAACUAUUUUGUAAGACACCAAACGCCGAGUUCCAAGUGACUUCAAUAAAAGAAUUUACCAGGGAGUCCGGGUAAAACACACAGUUAAAGACCUUCUUGCAGAAAAAAGAUCUAGCCAGACAACUAGUUCAAGGUUAAAUAACAGUACCAGCGCAUCCCAGACUCCAUUUGUCCAAAUGUCAAGUUCUCCACACUUGUCUGGGUAUUAUGGAGUUAGAAGAUCGUUCCUUGAUUCUGAUUGCUAUGCUACAAAGCAGUACUCAAAUGAAUUUUACCAUUCAUCUCUGGGCUCAAAGUCAUUAGCAUGUGACCCAACCUCUAUCCAAAGUUACCCGGCUAUCCUAGAUCCCUACUACACAGAUUCUAUGGGAGACUAUCGAGGGACAACCAUAUCAACCGGCACCAGCUCGCUGUUUAGCACAUCAUCUCUGCCACCUCUUGUAUCUCACUUCUCUGACCCCUCACAUUAUUCAAUAAGGGACUCUUUGGAGCAAACUGUGCCUGACACAAUUAACCAGUUGGAUGUCCUGUGCUCUGACACUAAUCAAACUGUUUCAUCAUCCAUAAGUUGCCUGUCACCUGAAUCGGGAAGUGCCCACUACAGGGGCUCAAUAAGGGGAAAUUCAACCCAAGGGACUCAGUCCUACCCCCUUCAUGCGCUUGAUGAUGUACAUUACUCAUCCAGUUAUCCAGCUACCUGCACUUAUGCCUUCUCCCCAUUCAUGACAGUGGCCAAUGAACUCACCCCAAAGAUGGUUCAUCACCUCUCUUCAGAGGCACAUUUGGAGAGCGGAUCCCUUCAGGAAAAUUCUGCUUGGCCAAAGGAUGAUGCAAACUCAGCAUGGGGAGCUUAUGAACUCAGAAGAAAUUACUGAAAACAGACAUUUAUACAGGCUUGCAGCUAAAAUGUUUGAUAAUUACGGGAUACAUUAACUGAUAACACACAGCAAAUAAAAAGAAGACACAUUUUAUUCAUAUUUAAAGAGAUUUUUAUUUUAAAAACCCUGCCUCGGACAAUAUCACAGUUUUGGCACAACAGCACAGAAGAGAUAUCACCAUUGCUUCAUCCAUUGUGGGUAUUUCUGAUGAUUUUAGUGCAUUGGGCCUUGUGGAAGGUAUGGGAUCUAUUAUCCAGCAAACUGGUUUUUCAAAAUGUACCACAAUCCAGUUUGCUGCAGUGCAUUUUUUUUAUAAAAAUAUGUCUUUGCUCUUUUGCUGUUCAUUCUCUAAAAACAAGGCUGUGCUUUCUAUUAACCUAGAAUAAAUCCUCUUGAUAAAAUGAGUUCAUAUAUUUAAAUGUAUUCAAAAUGAACGUUGUUCAAAAUAUGGAGAAAAAAUCUACAAAGCCAAAGUCCCAAGCAAUAUGGAAAAUACAUAAAAAAAACUCUU